AUGCGCCAGGAGAUGCUAGACUUGGCGGGUCGAACAAACGCUCCUCCGAAGGAGAUUUUUGACGACGUGUGUCGAAGAAAUCCUGCAGUGGCAAUAAAUUUUUCGUUCGGAGUAAUAAAAAGUGCGAUACAACGUGUUCGCACAAAAUUGAGGCCGGCGACACCUGCGACUUUACGGGACCUUGGCGCGGUCUUGUACGAUUACGCGCCAAUUGAACGAUCUUAUCGAGGAGUCGUCGAAGGAACUGAUGGAUCCGUGGCGGUGAUGUUCGCGAGCGAGAGGAUGCUGCGACGAUUGGGAAAUUCGGCGGAAAUUUAUGUGGACGGAACGUUCAAGGUUGUCCCCAAUAGCCCGCCAAUCGCCCAACUAUACACGAUCCAUAUGCGCGUGAUGGAUACUGGACUAGCGGCUGUAUUCGUAUUGUGUAGUGCGAAGACGAGGGCACUAUAUACAGCUAUUUUUCGCAAAAUAUUAGAACUUGCACCCGAAAUAGAACAAAACCUACGUUUCGCCAUGGGCGAUUAUGAAUGCGCGGCUAUGAGCGCUCUGCGCGAAGUGUUUCCCGGGGCCAGCCUACAUGGGUGCUGGUUUCAUUUUAAACAGGCUCUCUUACGGCGAUGGAGAUACCUGGGCCUCAAUGCCGCACCCACCAGGAUCCUCGGGAUGGCAAUGGCGCUGCCGUUGGUUCCGUCAGAGCGCUUUGAAGAGGGCUUGAAUUUGUUGGCCAGAUUGGCGGAUCACGAUGCCAUCGAACAUCCAAACGUGCUGCAAUUUCUAAGCUAUAUUCGCCGACAAUGGGGACCCCUUGCUGACAUUGUCAGCGUACAUGGAUGCCCCAUCCGUACAAACAACUUGGUGGAAUCUUUCCACAACGAAGCGAGACGAAAGCUCGGGGGGCUUCAUCCGAAUAUUUGGAAAUUCAUAGAGCAUCUGACCGCUAUGAUCGUCGAUCAGGAAAUUGGUCUGGACCGUUUGGAGAACGGUGAUUGGGAUAGACGGGCGCGCACCAGGCGUAAUAUGGCACGGGACACCGUAAUCCGCAAUGCUCAGCACAGCCUGAGUGUCGAUAGAUUUACGCUGCGUGAGUUUCUAGAGCGCUGCGCGACGAGGGCGGGUUUGAUGCGAGUCGAAGGUCCGGACCAUGAUGAAGGGGGUGCCGAGGACGAGGAUGAACUGGUUCCACCCGGAUUGAUGGCUGCGGGGGAACCAGUCAUCGGUGAUCAAAAUAUAGCUCAAGAAAACGACAAUCGUCGUGGUAUAAGGGCGAUAAGGGGCAACAAUCCCCGUGGUUUGCGACGUGCUCGUGGCAGGGCUGCUGCUGCACUACGCCGCCCUGAAGAACCCCGGAUUGGGAUCGAUGACGACAACCAAGAGGAGCAACCUCGACCGGCUAACCGCGGCCGAGGCAGGGGUCGCGGAAACGCACGCGGGAGUAGGCCUGCGAGACAGCUGGAGGGGCCUGUAGAGAUCCGCGAUAAUGACGCCAACCGUGAUGAGGAUGGCGAAGUACCUUUGCCGGAGGGGCGUUGCUCGGUUUGCCUGCUGGAGCCCACAACGCACGCAUUCGUACCGUGCGGCCACAGGUGCUGCUGUGGAACGUGUGCACCCCGAAUAACGGUGCGUUGCCCACUAUGCAGGCAGGAUUUCGUGGGAGUAUACCAGAUUAGAUUAUAGUGAAUUAUUAUCAUCAUCAUCAUCAUCAUCAUCAUCAUCAUCAUCAUCACCAUCACCAUCAUCAUCAUCACCAUCACCAUCAUCAUCAUCAUCAUCAUCAUCAUCAUUGUUAUUAUUAUUAUUAUCAUUAUUAUUAUUAUUGUUGUUGACGUUGUUGUUGUUUUUAACAAAAACAUAUUAAACAUAAAUUUAAACAGAUGAAUUAUCAAUAUACAUCAUU